AAAGAACAGACAAGACAUAAUUUCAGAUAAAGAAAGAAUAUUGCUAGGACUAAAUGUAGAGUCUAAUAAGCCUCAUGUUGAAAAAGAACAAAAUAAGUUGAUAUCUGCAACUAUGGAGUUUAGCUAUAACAAGCCAGUCGUUUUGACAACCGAUUAUGAAAAUAAAAGAUUAGCAAGUUCAAAGUAUUUUAGUGAGCGUAAAAGAGUUCAAAGCAGUAGAAGAAAACACGAUCGUGAUAAAGCAGUCUCGAUCAAGAAGUCAAGUACAGAUAGAAGGCUGAAAAGACCUAACGAUACUGUUAGAGAAAGCAAGCAUCAUUAUGGUAGUAAAAGUAGCUGGGUUAAACAAAGAAUUUCUAGAAACAAG